CCCCCUACACAGAAGCUCUGACCACUCACCACAUACACACCCAUUGGCCCAUGAUAACAUUCCUUUUCCUACGUAUUAAGUAUUCAGGUCUCCCUUGCCAGGCUAGUCUUUGCUGCUCCCAUGCUACUGUAUUACCCUGCGAGACUUGUACAGACCUAGAGGUCCUGCACUUCUGUCUCAUGUGGCCCUUGGAAGCUCAGUCCACACAACUACAACCUGAAGGGCUGAGUAUGGUGGCACAGGGAUGCACACACUGUGAGCCUGUGUGCCCUCUGUGUAGGGCAUCAUCUCAGACUGGAGCUAAUAGCUCCCUCUUCACCCCAUGGUAUUAAGUCUAUCUCGGGAUGUGCCACCUUUUGAUUUCUCCACAGAAAUCAGCAAAGUCGAUAUUAGGGCUGCUCUCUGCAGUUUUGAAUAGUGUUAGCUUUAUUGUGGAUUUGUUGUUUCAGAAUGCAAACGAAGGAAGAAAACCAAACUAUAGACUUAAGUUUAAAGCCGUUAGCUUCCAAUGAAGUAACAGUGAUUCGGGGAAAAACACACGUGGGAAGGACUGAGCAAGAGCAGCACCAAACAGAGCAGAGCUUCUGCCUGAGUUCAAACCCUGUUGGCCCCCAUAAGCUUCCGGUCACAAAGCACCAGACAGCUUCUGGUGGGGACAGACCAUACAUGUGCAUCCAGUGUGGGAAAUGCUUCAGUCGGAGUUCCCAUCUCCUUCAGCAUCAGCGAAUCCAUACUGGUGAGAAACCCUAUGUAUGCAACAUUUGUGGGAAAGCAUUCAGCCAGAGCUCAGUCCUCAGCAAGCACAGGAGAAUCCACACGGGUGAGAAGCCCUAUGAAUGUAAUGAGUGCGGAAAAGCCUUUAGAGUGAGCUCAGACCUUGCUCAGCACCACAAGAUACACACAGGAGAGAAGCCCCAUGAGUGUCUAGAGUGUCGCAAGGCUUUCACGCAGCUCUCACAUCUCAUCCAGCACCAGCGGAUCCACACCGGGGAGAGGCCGUACGUGUGUCCCUUGUGUGGGAAAGCCUUCAACCACAGCACUGUGCUGCGGAGCCACCAGAGGGUACACACUGGGGAGAAGCCUCAUGGGUGCAGUGAGUGUGGCAAGACCUUCAGUGUGAAGAGGACACUGCUGCAGCACCAGCGGGUCCACACCGGAGAGAAGCCCUACACGUGCAGCAAGUGUGGCAAAGCCUUCAGUGACCGCUCUGUCCUCAUCCAGCACCACAACGUGCACACUGGAGAGAAGCCUUAUGAGUGCAGCGAGUGCGGCAAGACCUUCAGCCAUCGGUCAACCCUGAUGAACCAUGAGCGUAUCCACACCGAAGAGAAGCCCUAUGCCUGCUAUGAGUGCGGGAAGGCCUUUGUGCAGCACUCACAUCUGAUCCAACACCAGCGGGUACACACAGGGGAGAAACCCUAUGUGUGUGGGGAGUGCGGACACGCUUUCAGUGCUCGCCGGUCUCUGGUCCAGCAUGAGAGAAUUCAUACAGGCGAGAAGCCGUUCCAGUGUACCGAGUGUGGCAAGUCCUUCAGCCUAAAGGCAACUCUGAUCGUGCAUCUGAGAACCCACACUGGUGAAAAGCCCUACGAGUGUAACAGCUGUGGCAAGGCCUUCAGCCAGUACUCAGUGCUCAUCCAGCACCAGCGUAUACACACAGGGGAGAAGCCCUAUGAGUGUGGGGAGUGUGGGCGUGCCUUCAAUCAGCACGGGCACCUGAUCCAGCACCAGAAAGUACACAAGAAGCUGUGAGGUGGGCUGGGAAUGUGGCUCAGUGGUAGAGUGCUUGCUUAGCA